AUGGUGAAAAUCGGCCGAGAAACAGAGCUCCGGCAAGCGGAGCUAGCUUACCAGGCGGCGGCGGCGGAGUCCGGCAAUCGGAAGGAGGAGGGGGAGCGUUGGGCGAAUGUCAUCGCCAACAUCUGCAUGAACGAUCGAGGGGCAUACUUAGAUGCUCUGAAGUUGAUUAAGAAAGAUUAUCUCAACGAAUCUUACCCGAAAAAGACAUCCUUCCUGCUUGUAGUACUCUUGGUAAACUCCAUCUCCGGCUCCGUGGUUUCUCCCAAGCCUUGUAUUAUCAGGUCGGAGUGCCAAAAGUACUUCAUUUCAGCCAUGAAUCUAGCCAAGAAUCUCAAGGAAAACCGCUUGAGCAGUAUAUCCCCUUUUCCUACAGUGUAUAUCGAUGCCCAUAACAACCUUGGAAUGCUUGAAAUGGCUCUUGAUAACUUGGAAAGAGCUGAGAACAUUCUUACCAGUGCUUUGAAGAUAUGCAACGAACAAGAGGUUGGCGAGAAUGAUGAUAGUUGCAGUGGGCUUCAUCAUAACCUUGGAAUUAUUUAUAUGGAGUUUAUGAACUGGAAAGAAGCUGAAGAGCACAUUCAGAAAGCUAUUUCGAUCUGUAAGAACAUGACGCACUACUUAGGGGAGGCUAAAGCUUUAGUCAAUCUUGGGGUGUUGUAUUAUAGGGUCAAAAGAUAUGACAAGGCAAUCAGUUGUUAUGCAGAUGUGCUUUAUUUGGCAAAAUCACUGGAAGAUGAAGAAGCUUUAGUCUAUCAAGUAGUAAAACAUAUCGACUCUGUCAAAGCAGCAAUUGAAAUAAUGAAGGAACUAAAGCAAGGUAAACAGAAUAUCAAAAAUAUUGAAAAGAACAUUGAAGAUUCCAGCAUCUCAAAUAUGCAGCAAAGAAGAUGUACAUUAUUUGUGGAAGAACUUUGUGACAAGGAGAAACUGGCAGAUUCCCUCUUAGUUAUUGGAGAAUCAAAUCAAAAGCUCCGGAAGUUUGAGGAAGCUCUGACGUGGUACAGAAAGAGAUGGGAAACUUAUAGUUUUAUUGGAGACUUCGAGGGACAAGCAGCUUCCAUGGUUAAUAUGGGUCUCGUUUUGGAUUUUAAAGGUUGUUGGAAGGAAGCCUUCAGGUGUUUUGAAGAGGGUUACAGGAUUGCUUCUGAAGCUCACGUUGGUUCCGCUAAGUUGUCUGCUAUGGAAAAUAUGGACUACAGCUACAAGAUCAGAUUUGACAACGUUGAGAUUAAUAGGAUGUUCUGCAUCUUUACCUUAGAGGGUGCCAUGGUUGCUUACACUCCUGUUGUCAUUGAAAAGAGCUGCUGUUCUAGCCAAUUGAUGGCUCCUACACCUGCUGCAAGGGCCUGUGGAAGGAUAUAUAACUAUCAAAAUCAAGAAUUAUGCAUGAUACAUGAUGAAUUCAGCAUAGAGCAUAUGAAGGUUAUAGUGGCAUGUUUGUACUACCUACAACUGCCUUCUCGAAAGAGAGAAUCAGGUCUGGUGCCAGAGGUUCAGGAUAUCAAGUGUGAUGGUAGAACCCUACAAACUCUGGAAGCUGAAACUUUACUGAAAACUAAAAAACAUGGAGAGUGCCGAUUGGAAGGCAUAUUGGGAGUGUGGAAAAUGUGGCAAAAAGUGAAGCUAUACAGUGAUUGCUGCAAGGAACAUUACGAAAUGCCCUACCUGAAAGUUUUGAAGAACUUAUUUAAUCCAGAGGAAAUAGAAGAUGAAAUAAUAGCCUCACACUAUGGACUGCACGAUGUAUCAGUUGCCCCACUACUUGAUGUCUUACAUGGACAAAAGGCAGCCGCUAUCAUAGACCUUUCUCGCAAUAUCCUUGAUCUGUCAGCUUGUGGAUUGACACCUCACUAUAUAUUAAGGCCGAAUGCUGAAGUCUCCUCCUUAGAUAUUCUUGUUGAGCUGAAUCUUGCAGGAAAUCCAAUGAUUGUAGAGGGUGCAAGUGCAUUGGCAGCGUUGCUUGCUUAUCCUGAAUGUUGCUUAAGAGUCUUGGCGCUAAGAAAAUGUCAACUUGGAUUAAUUGGCAUCCUGAAAGUACUCGAGUCACUAUCUCAGAAUAACCAUCUUAAAGAGCUUCACUUGGCUGAAAACAUCCAUAUGGAUGGAAAUCAUAACACUUCACCUCAGAGGAGCAAAAUGUAUUCUGAUUGCCACUUUGUUGGAAAUCUUUCAACUGCAGUUGAAAUUGAAAAGCACCUAAAAAUUUAA